AUGACCUUUCUCUCGGCCUCGUCCAUACUUGCCCUGUGCUUGACGGCAUGUGCCAAGCCCGUGCAGCAGCGGCAGCAGCAGCAGCAAAGCCAGCGUGAUGUUGCCGGUGACAGCCCGCCGCUCCUAGAGCAAUUCGACAGCCUAGGCAACUGGUUCGACGGCGUGUCCAUGAUCAACGGUUCUUCGUCGCUCCCGCGCAGGCAGAACGCUACCAUCGCCAUCGUAGGCGCCGGCGUGUCGGGGCUGACAACGGGCCUGUUGCUGGACAGCGUGGGCGUGCACAACUGGGAGCUGGUGGAGGCCAGCGACCGGGUGGGCGGGCGCUUCCGGACCGUCUUCGUCGGCGGCACGGACGAGUACGCCGAGAUGGGACCCAUGCGGCUCCCGUACACCGUGACGUACAAGAGCGACAACUCGACGCACGAGUACACGGAUCACCGACUCACCUUCGAUCUCGCCGAAUGGCUGAACGAGCUCAACGGCAACGACCCGCAGUGGAAGGUCGACUUCAUCCCCUGGAUCCAGCACCACCCCAACGAGCUGAGCGCCCGCGGCACGGGCAGGCACCCGGACGGCAGGAUCCCCACGCGCGCCGAGAUCGCCGCCGAUCCCAGCCUCGGCAAGAGCCCGCAGCCGGUGGAGUCGACGGACGAGUACAAGCGGAUCAAGGGCUUGAUGAACGGCAUCCUCAUGAACGAGACGACCAUGCGGUCGAUGCAGCGCAACGUCUGGCGGGCCCACAAGAGGGCCAUGGACGAGGGGCUGGACGACUGGAGCCAGCAGGCCAUGAUGCGCAACGCCUUCCACGCGAGCGAGGACGUCACGGACGCCAUCUGGACGGCAUCGGACUACGACGUCUUCUGGGACGAGAUGGACCACAACUCCAACCUGGCCCAGGACGGCUCCGACAGCUCUCUGGGCCUGACCGAGUGGAGGUGCGUCGACGGCGGGUUCAACCGCCUGUCGGACGCCUUCAUCCCCCACGUCUCGGACCGGCUCAGCCUCAACCGAAAGGUCACCAAGCUGGAAUCGGUGGAUGGCCACGACGGCGGCAGCGACAGCAAGAAGACGCGCCUGACCUGGGAGGAGGGCGCGGGCGAGGAUCGCUCCCGCACCUCGAAGGAUUACGACUACACCAUCAUGGCCGUGCCCUUCACCAUGACGCGCUUCAUGGACCUGCCCGACUUCUCGCCGGUUCUGGACCGGGCGAUUAGCGAGGCCGGGCUCCGCUUCAAGUCGGCCUGCAAGGUGUCGCUCCUCUUCAGCGAGCGCUUCUGGGAGCGCGGCGAGCGGCCCAUCUUUGGCGGCAAGAGCGAGCCGGACAGCGACGCCGUCGGCGCCCUGUACUACCCCGUCUACGGGCUCAACGAGACGGGCCGGCCGGGCCUGAUCACGCACUACCGCGGGGGGGACUGGAGCGACCGCUUCGUCAGCUUCACGGACGAGGCGCACGUCUCGAUGGUCCUGGAGUCCAUCGUCGGCCUGCACGGCGAGCAGGCCCGCGACCUGUACACGGGCGACUACGCGCGCCUGUGCUGGCUGCAGGACGAGCACACGUCCACGUCGUGGUGCCGCCCCGACGUCGAGCAGCACAAGCUGUACAUACCGUCCUACCACCGCACCGAGCACAACACCAUCUUCAUAGGGGAGCACACGGCCCCGACGCAUGCGUGGAUAAGCUCCUCCAUCCACUCGGCCGUGCGGGGAUCGAUCCAGCUCCUGCUAGAGCUGGGCAUGGUCGACGAGGCAAAGGUGUUGAAUGAGCGGUGGAUGGGACGAUGGAUCGGAGUCGAGUAA